AUGGAAAGUGAUCCUGACUCACCGCCUGCCUCUCCUCCGACUGAAACAGCUGCCUCAUCAAUUGUGAAUCUCUUUUUCAAUGAAGUUAACAAACAAGAUGUCAGCGGGUUACUUCAUGUUCAAAGCUCGUUGUUGGAACAGUUAGAUAAAUCCAAUGAAAUUCUGGAAGGAACUAAUAGAAUCUCGGCAAAGCGGUAUUUGGAUGCGACAAGAGAGUAUGCGAAUCAUACGCAAUUGCUAGUAACAAUGAAAACAGAUUUAGAUUCGAUUUUCCAGCGAAUCAGAGUAUUGAAAACUCGAUUGAAUAAAAAGUAUCCUGAAGCUUAUGCGUCUGUGAUUGAAAUGCACAAUCAACAUGAUUCUCUUGAUGAUGAAGAUGAUGAUAUCGUUCCGCCGAUGAAAUCCAUGGGUAAUUCAUCGCUUGUGAAAUCGAAAACAAUCGAUUGUUCUCAAUUGCCACCGUCGAUGCGGGAGACGUACAGUUUGGCUCAAAUAAGCCAAACAACCGUGGACCAAUCUCCAAGUUCGUUCGAUACUAUAACAAAUAAUUUCGAUUUCAGAAAACGUCGUUCGGAAGUAAUCAAUGGCAACAGCAUCGAAUAUAGACGAUCUUCUACAAUGUCCGAUCUGUCUGGAUCAUCCAUAGCUCGUCAACAAGGCUCGACAAACUCCGUUGAUUGUCCUACAUGUCGUUCGCGAACUAAUUUGAUAAAUAAUUCCAUCGACAGUCUUCCGGGAAAUUACAUUGUCCGUGAUAUAAUCGAAAGACAGUACGGUACAACAACACCGGAGCGUCCACCUGGUUAUGCUCAACAGAUCCAAGAUCGACUACAGCAAAUGAAAAAAGACGAAGAUGGUUUUGAUCUGGAGAAGUACGUGAAACCAGCUGUAGCUGCACUAUUUGGAGUCAUCGGUGGAUUAUUGUUAGCGAAAGGUGUAAAGAAAAUGUGUAAUGAUGAUAAAAAAUAA